CGGCUAAGAAUAACUAUAUUACCGGUCCCAAACACUCUUCUCUGUCAACUGAAAAACCAAAUGAUUAAUCAGCUUCCAUGAGUGGCAGAGCCAAGCCAUAACCAUAGCCAAGCUUUUUCACCUUAACAAAAAAUGCUCUCCUUAAAUACAACAACAACACCCAAUGCCACUCCUUUUCGCUCUACACUCUCUUCUUCUUCUCUCUCCAUAACUCUACCUCACUCAACAAGGCUCAAAAUGUCAUCUUCUAAUUCCCUUCCAAUCCCAGAAAACCGUAUUGUUGUUGGUCUUGGUUCAGCUGGAGUAGAUUUCUUGGCUACAGUGUCUUCUUUUCCUAAACCAGAUGAUAAAAUCAGAAGCACAAGCUUAAAGGUUCAAGGUGGUGGAAACGCCGCGAACGCUUUGACUUGUGCAGCUCGGUUGGGCUUAAAUCCAAGGCUAGUUUCCAAGGUUGCUAAUGAUUCUCAAGGCAAGGCUAUACUGGAGGAGCUAGAAUCGGAUGGUGUAGAUACUUCUUUUUUUGUUGUUGCAAAGGAUGGUAAUUCACCAUUUACCUAUAUUAUUGUUGAUGAUCAAACGAAAACUCGUACUUGUAUUCAUACCCCGGGAUAUCCCUCCAUGAAACCCGACGAGCUUUCCCAAUCAAGUGUGCAAUCUUUAGUGGAAGGUGCAAGAAUCGCCUAUUUUGAUGGUCGUCUCCACGAAAGUGCUUUGCUUGUAGCACAGGAGGCAGCUCGCAAAAAUAUCCCUAUUUUAGUUGAUGCAGAAAGAGUAAGAGAAGGGUUGGAUGAACUUCUAGACUUGUCUACUUAUGUUGUAUGCUCUGUUAAAUUUCCAAAGGCAUGGUCGGGAGCCCAAUCGGUUCCAAAUGCAAUGGUUUCCAUGCUUUUAAAAUUGCCAAAAUUGAAAUUUGUGAUAGUGACUUUAGGUGAAGAGGGGUGUAUAAUGCUGGAGAGAAGUGUAAAUGAGACUCCCAGCAAAGAAGUUGAUGUAGAGAGCUUAUUGGAAUCUCUAAAGCAAAAAAAGGAUGGUACUACAACGUUUCCCACGUGCGUUUCAUCGUCUGUGGAGAAUAUAAGAGCUAAUGGGAUAGGAACAAUUUCUGGGAGGUUGAUCUUGGGCACAGCUGAGAAGAUACCCCCUUCGGAACUCAUUGAUUCAACCGGCGCUGGUGAUUCAUUCAUCGGAGCAGUUCUUUAUGCUCUUUGUGCCAAAAUGCCAGUGGAGAAAAUGUUGCCUUUUGCUGCUCUAGUGGCGGGAGCCUGCUGUAGAGCGUUGGGAGCUCGAACUGGGCUUCCUCAUCGAACCAAUCCAUGCCUCUCUCCGUUUUUUGAGUUGGAUCGACAAACCAAUCCCUCGUUGGUUAAGUAAAUAAGAAACUCGAAAAAUGAGUCAAAUUUGUCAUAAGCCAAGAACGGCGGACUGAAAGGCGAACUAUCUGAGCAAAUGCUGCUUCAGCUGAUGAUGCUUAUAGCCCUAAUGAAACAACUCUGCUUUUCACAUAAAACUAAUGUACCAUCAAUACCAUAUUGAGUACAGUACAUAACUUGAUAUUGUAUGUACUUGAACAAUGUUAAUAUUAGUAUUGAUCAUCCCUUACUCUUAUCUUAGUAUUUGUUAUAACAUAAUUUAUAGUGGUUCAGCUCUCUAAUAAUCUACUUUGCUUGGUCUUUAGUAUUUUAUGAAAUGGAAUGGAAAAGAAUCAAUUUCAUUUUUA